UCCAGUCCAGGGCAGUGGAUCGCGAGGCUGUUCCCGUCGGAGUUGCGGCUCCGGUCGCGUCUGGAUUGUAACUAUAAUGGGCACCGUGGGGAAAGCUGGGAGGAAACUGUUGUUUCUCUUCACGUCUAUGAUCGUGGGCUCUUUGGUACAAGGCAAGGGUUCGGUGUACACUUCUCAUCCUGAUGUCCAGGUCCCUGAGAAUGAGUCUACCAAGUUGCCCUGUACCUACUCUGGCUUCUCCAACCCCCGAGUAGAAUGGAAGUUCGUUCAAGGCAAGACUACCGCGCUUGUGUGCUAUAACAGCCAGAUCACAGCUCCCUAUGCAGACCGAGUCACCUUUUCAUCCAGUGGCAUCACAUUCAGUUCUGUGACCCGGAAAGACAAUGGAGAGUAUACGUGCAUGGUCUCUGAGGACGGUGGCCAGAACUACGGGGAGGUCAGCAUCCACCUCACAGUGCUUGUGCCUCCAUCCAAGCCGACAGUCAGUGUCCCCUCCUCUGUCACCAUUGGGAACAGGGCAGUGCUGACCUGCUCAGAACAAGAUGGUUCCCCACCUUCUGAGUAUUCCUGGUUCAGGGAUGGGAUAUCCAUGCUUACAGCAGAUGCCAAGAAAACCCGUGCCUUCAUCAAUUCUUCAUACACAAUUGAUCCAAAGUCAGGGGAUCUGAUCUUUGACCCUGUGACAGCCUUUGAUAGUGGCGAAUACUACUGCCAGGCACAGAAUGGGUAUGGGACAGCCAUGAGGUCAGAGGCUGUGCGCAUGGAUGCUGUGGAGCUGAAUGUGGGGGGCAUCGUGGCAGCUGUCCUGGUAACACUGAUUCUCCUUGGACUCUUGAUUUUUGGCGUCUGGUUUGCCUAUAGCCGUGGAUACUUUGAAAGAACAAAGAAAGGGACUGCACCGGGUAAGAAGGUGAUUUACAGCCAGCCCAGUGCUCGCAGUGAGGGGGAAUUCAAACAGACCUCGUCAUUCCUGGUGUGAUCGGCGCCUCGCCUCAUCCGUUGUCCACUUGCCUUUCUCAGGUGCUACAGGUUCCAGCCGCUGCUGGCUGUAGCUGCACGGGAUGCCUUCGAUGUCUUCUAGGCCCCCAGGGCCCUUUGCUUUUAUUCUAGCUAGGAUAUGAAUUAACAUCACCUACUUCCCACUCUUUCCCACCCUCCCUCCUUUCCUUACUACCAUUGGGUGGCCUGAGACUAGUUACAAAGGUUUCAUUCCCCAUUCCUAUGUGAAUUGGACAAGAAUCCUAGACUAGACAGUAAUAAUGGCUGGGCUGACAGGAACCCAAAACCAAUACCUGGCUGUAAAGGCCUCUGAAGAAGGACUUUAAGCCUAGUUCCCCAGCUCUCUCCUCCCCUGAUGGAGUGCCCGCUGCUCGAAAGUCGGGGCUGGAGAAAGGAGGGCCUGGGGCAUGUGAUAGUGACCUCAGGUUUCUAGUCUCUGGAGCCUGCUCUUCUGUCUCUGUAAAAUGUGCCACUGGGAUUCUCCUGGAUACAAGUAAACUGACACUGUGCCCAUCUGAGGUGGGAGAGCUCAGGUAACUCCCAAGAGACUUGGAGUAAGAAAGAUUUAAAGUGAUCUAAAGGAAAGGCUGGGCUGGUGCCUGUUAGUCACUCUUCAUUUGGCUGGAACUACCACACGGACCCUUUUAAGAUGUGUAUGAGGAGAUAUGUGCUUUAUAGUCUCGGCUCUUUGGUGGGCUGUGUGUGUGUGUGUGUGUGUGUGUGUGUGUGUGUGUGUGUGUGUGUGUGUGAGAGAGAGAGAGAGAGAGAGAGAGAGAGAGAGAGAGAGAGAGAGAGAGAGAGAAAUACUUUGUAGCUCUUUGGCAAGGUUGUGUUUCUGUGUGUUUAUAUGUGACAAAUGUUGCUGGAAAUAAAAACUUCUUGUGACAAACA